AUGGAGUACAAUAUCAGUGAUAUUUUGUUUAACAACACCUUUGGAGUAAAUGAUAACUUUACUAUUGUGCAAAAUUUAUCGUCUGGUCCCCAUGCAUACACGCCGUUUUCUGAAAGACCGGAGACCUACAUUGUGCCAGUGGUGUUUGCUCUGAUUUUUGUGGCAGGUGUUCUUGGUAACGGAACUUUGGUUAUAGUUUUCUUGCGACAUAGAGCAAUGCGAAAUAUUCCAAACACGUACAUAUUGUCGUUAGCCUUAGCCGACUUAUUAGUGAUCGUUAGCACGGUCCCAUUCACGUCUAUGACGUACACGAUGGAGUCAUGGCCCUGGGGCGAAGCCGUUUGCCGUAUAUCAGAGUGUGCCAAAGAUAUCUCAAUCGGGGUGUCAGUUUUUACACUCACAGCUCUGUCCGCUGAUCGAUAUUGUGCGAUUGUGAACCCAUUGAGGAAAUUACAUGCCGCAGGAGGUGGACGCUACUCAACCAAAAGUACAGUUGCAGCCGCAACUGUGAUAUGGGCGAUCUCUGCUGGUUGCUCUAUGCCAGGCCUGAUCGGCUCUCACAUUCGUAUUUUCAAGUCACCUGUGCAUGAGAUACGAGUAUGUUAUCCAUUCCCGCAGGAAUGGGGCGACGGAUAUCCGCGAGCCGUCGUCUUAGCCAGGUUCCUGGUCUACUACGCGAUUCCACUAACGGUGAUCGGUUGCUUUUACGCGCUUAUGGCACGGCAUCUUGUACAAAGCGCACGGAAUGUUCCUGGAGAGAUACACGGUGCACAACGACAGAUCUUGGCACGACGCAAGGUCGCAAUUACGGUGCUUGCCUUUGUCGCCGCAUUUGCGGUAUGCUUUUUACCCUACCAUGUGUUUAUGAUGUGGUUCUAUUAUACACCCACAGCCAAAUCUGACUACAAUGCAUUCUGGCAUCAUUUUCGCAUAUUGGGAUUCUGUUUAUCCUUCAUGAACAGCUGUGUAAAUCCGAUGGCUCUCUACUGUGUCAGUGGCGCAUUUAGGAAAUAUUUUAACAGAUAUUUGUUAUGCCGUGGUUCCGCAAAAGGUAAAAAAACAGGAACGGAAUUGGUCCAGCGAGCGACCACUAUGUCACUCACAGCAUCGAGAAGGAAUCAGUCGACUUCCCUUUAUAGGUUUCCUAUAACUAUGAUAAGAAGGUAA